AUGUUAUACCAUCUUUCAACUUUCAAUCGAGCAAUAAACAAUCGAGGGGAAACCGCUUCGGGCUGCCACGACGACCACGGGCUGGGUCUUCAAAUCGCGGGCAGCAUGGGCAACGGGAGGAGUACACCACAUGACCACAUAAGCUCUCGAAUUCUCUUUCUCUUUGAUGUAGUCCCGAUCCAAUUCGGGUCAAAACUGGGUUUUUACCUAUGGGUCGUUCCUGCAAAUCUAUCAAAUUACAUCUCAGAACUGGAUUCAAUGGAGAUUUCUGAUGAGGCAGUACUAGUUGAUUGCAGUAGAUUGAAAUCAGCAGUCUGGAAAGACUUUGACCUGCUCAAAAGAGGUGAUGUAUGUAUUGCUGUUUGUAAGAAGAAACUCAGUGGUUCAAGAACCAGUGGAACAACACACAUUUAAGAAAUCACUCAAUCAGAUGUAGAAGAAGAUCAAAUCAUGAUGUAUCUCAAAUGCUAACUUCAAAAAGGAAACAUGUUGGGUUCAAAAUAUUUGUUAGAAAAGUUCAACCCUUGUAUGAACUUGCAAGACUUGAUGGUGUCGUGGCUGACUGUAAAGAAAUUUACCUCAAAGAGAAACAAAAAGUUACUGAAAUGUUGGAUGCCCUUCCAGGUAAAAUUAGUUUGAGUGUCAGACACAUGGGCUGCAAAAGGUGAUGCUCAGUACUUACUUAUGUUUGACCACACAUUCGGUUGAUGAAACUUGGGCAUUAAAGAAAAAGAUUAUUAUAUUAUAAGUUUUAUAAAAAUCCACCCUUUUUAAACAGAAGACACGGUUUCUGAACUUAUCAUGAGUAGAUUAAUGGAGUGGGUCAUUGACCAGAAAUUGGUCUCAUUGACUUGCAACAGUUGUCCAGUUCAUGACAACAUUGUAUGCAAAAUUAGAGACCGUUUAUGACAAAACAGGCUUCUUUUAUGUAACGGUCAGUACAGUUAUUUGAAGUAAGAUGUGCUUCUAACCUAAUAAAAGCCAUGGUUGAUAAUUCUCUUACUCUUGAAGCUUUAACUCCAACAAUCUCCAAAAUCCGUCAAGGCUGAUAUCAAGUGCAUUACUCUUGAAGCUCACAAGCCGUUAGUAAAAAGUUCAAUGAAAUGGUUCAAGAAGUUGGACAGGAUUAUAAGAUGACUUUAGAACUUGACUUGAACUUUGCUGUAUUGGACAUAUGUCUUCAGCUGAAUCAGUACCAUAUUUGCCAAAUUCACUUGAUAUUGAAACACUCUCCAGUAUCUCAGAUAUGAAAGACUAAAAGCAACAAGUUAUGAAAUUCUCCAAAACAGAGUGCUUUGCCCUUUCUUUUUUCUUAAAUCUAACAUCACGAAUAUGAGUUACACUCACACUCGGUGAGCCCAUUUUGAUUUUAUGAUUCAAAUUUUAUUGGCAAUUUUCAUGUUUUUGGACUUCCAUGACAAUAUAAAACUACUGUGGCCGUGGUUUCAUCCUCUCCUGUGUAACUUUAGAUUCCAUUUCAAUUACUCCUAUUUAAUAUGCCUUUUUUUAACCAUGUAAUGUAGUUCCUCUAUCUUUAUAUAUAAAGAGGUCAGUAUAAGAUUCUGAGUAGGC